AUGAAGCUCGUCCGCUUCUUGAUGAAAUUGUCCAACGAAACGGUGACCAUUGAGCUGAAGAAUGGCACGAUCGUCCACGGCACCAUCACCGGCGUCGACAUCAGCAUGAACACCCAUCUCAAGGCCGUGAAAUUGACCCUCAAGGGCAAGAACCCCAUUAACCUCGACACGCUCAGCAUCAGGGGCAACAACAUCAGAUACUACCUUCUUCCCGACACCUUGAACCUCGACACCCUCCUGGUCGACGAUACGCCGCGGCCCAAGCCCACCAAGAAGGUCGGCGAGGCGGGGGUGCCCCGAGGGGACGUGGCGGCGGCAGGGGAGGGCCGCGCGGUGCCGGUGGCCCCUCGAGAGGACGCGGCAGGCGCUAAUCUCUAA